CGGGGCCUUUAGUACAGUUUUUAACACAUGUCACCGCUGCUUGCGCUUGCAGAGCCCUGGACAAUGGCCCCCCCUGGCAACCCUCCUGGCAACCCUGGAUCCUGGGGACCAUGAAGCGCGACUUUGCUUGGGCUGCCACGAGAGGGUAACGCACUCCUUGAAUACUGAAGAGCGAGCACGCAAACCCCUGAUCAACUUUUUCGGACCCUCUGCAAAUUCGACAACCCAUCGCUUUCCUCACGACUAACAUCAAGCCUUCGGAAAGACGUUCUGCCCAAAGUCUCGACUGGCCCAAACACGACCCAACUUACCUCUCUCAACGACGCAGCCCAUCGCUUCCACUUACCAGGCCUCCCAUCGCGGAACUGGGAGCAGCUACAUGUUCAAGGGCACGCGCCGCGUGACACCACGACUCUCCACGCUUCAAAACUAGCCCUUGCCAAGAUGGCAGAAGAACACCAAUGGAUACUCGGGGCCUUGGAUGGCAUCCUCCCCGAACAAGCUCUCCAUUUCCUCUCCGACCACGUCCUGGCGCGCGAGACACCCUUUCAGAACAUCCUGCGCACGCUGCAGGCGUUGUUCAGGAACGUCGUCGCGAUCCUGUACCCCAUCCUGCAACCGAUCCUCGUGCGCGUGGGCACCAUGCUGUCCGACAGCCCGGACGUCGUGUUCGUGUUCUCGCUCGUGGCCAUCUUCUUCGCCGUGCUGCAGACGCUGCUAUGGGUGCACCGCGUCAUGAUGUUCUGGACGCGGCUCGUGGGCCGGCUGAUGCUCUGGGCGUGCGUCGCCGCCGUGCUGGCCAUGGCGUGGCAGAGGGGGCCCGAGGCUGUGAUCAGGGACGCCGUGGUCUUUGUUAGCAAGGUCGCAGGCUAUGCGAGCUUGGUGAAGGACAUCUGGUUGGCCGAGUACAACAAAUACGACGCGCAGACCAAGAACAGCGGGAGGAAGGUUGGCGGUACCGGAAGCCGGAGAAGAGGCGGACGAUGAGAGAAGUGUUGGCUGGUCGCGAAUAAUAAUAUGCCAUGUUGAGAAAGCCACGGUUAAUGAGAUAUGAGAUAUGCAAUCAAAUUCUACUGGUCGAAAAUUGGUUCAA